AAAAAUCAAUAGAAAAACGUAAAAGGCUGAAAUCGAAACCGCCCGACCUAAUAUUCUCCGAACUAUAUAUGCCUUCAAUUUACUUUCACCAUCUCAGAUGACUGGAAAUCUCAACAAUGGCUCUUGCCAGCACCUUCGUGUCUACCUCGCUCUCCUUAUCCCACCCCAUUCUCACCCCGCGCCAAUCUAGGCUUUCCCGCUUCGUUCUUCCAGGCACUCACCUUUCCCCUCAGUUGGAGAUCCUGAAGGUUUCGCCGUUCUCUCAUGGAUUCGGUGCCUCACCCUUUGGAUUUUCUGGAAUGAUCCGGGGGAGCAGUUUUCAAAUCCCCGUCAAUUCUGCUGAUGUUUUGGGAUCCCUUUCCUUGACAUCUGAAAAUGAUGCUGAUACUAUUCCGGUGCCGAUAGUAAUGAUAGACCAGGAUUCAGAUCCAAAUGCAACAAUUGUACAACUUAGUUUUGGGGAUCGCCUUGGGGCACUGAUUGACACGAUGAAGGCAAUUAAAGAUCUGGGUCUGGAUGUGAGUAAAGGAACAGUAACAGCUGGAGCUUCCGAUCAAACGAAGUUUUUCAUUACAAAAAUGGGACGCAAAGUUGAUGAUCCAGCCAUGUUGGAAAGAAUUCGACUGACGAUAAUUAUCAACCUGCUGAAAUAUCAUCCAGAAUCUAGUGAAAAAUUAGCUCUGGGUGCGGCUUUUGGCAUAAAAGCUCCUAAAAAGAAGCCUGACGUGGAUAUGACAACAAAUAUUCACAUUCAAGAUGAUGGACCCAAACGAAGCUUGCUGUAUGUAAAGACUCCUGAUCGACCUGGACUGUUGAUGGAAAUCAUUAAAAUGAUGGCAGACAUAAAUUUGAGUGUAGAAUCUGCAGAGAUUGAAACAGAGGGACUCAUUGUUAAGGAUACGUUUCAUGUCAGCUACAGAGGCGCUGCUUUGAAAGACUCCUUAAGUCAGAUUCUGGUGAAUUCCCUGCGGUAUCAUCUUCUGAGGCCAGAAAUAGAAGAAGAAAGCUACUAAGCUUUCUAAUUGCUGCACUGCUUCCGG